AUGAUUACUCUAAUGUGUGAAACCAUUUUAAAAGAAGUAGGUGACGUCAAGCGGGAUUAUCUGGGCUUCUGUUUUCCGAUCUUUGCCAAGAACUGCAAAAUGUAUGAUUUUGCAUUGGAGGAAAUCUACAAUGAAGCCGACUAUAUAGCUUAUAUAAUGGCUGGUACAAAUGUAUGCCGUUUGUGCCGUACAUCGUGCAGCGACUGCAUACGAUUAUGCGAUGCUACGGGUAAAACAAAUGAAAUAUACACCAUAACCGUGAAGUUUUUCCAUCCAAUGUUCCUCGAAGUUGAUAAGGAAAUGACCCAUCGAAUUGUCGUUUUAUGUAUGCAAUGUUGGCAUCACAUUUCCGGUUUUAAUAAUUUCCAACAAACUGUACUGCUUCUACAUGCCAAUCUGCAUACUGCGACAGAAAGUGUUGUGGCUGGCUGUGCCCAAUUGCAGUUUACAUCUACAUCCUGUGAGAAUCGUGAUGAAAUAGAGAUAGCAGCAAAUGAGGAGUUGGAAAAAAUCAAAGAUGAGCCUGGCACAAUUGUAAUACCAGACAUUGAUAGCAAUCAGAAUCGCCAGACUGGGGAAGCUGACAACACUGGACAAUUGAUAGUUACAGAUCAUGCUAUCGUAUUUCCAGCCAAUUUAAAUCCAAACACAGCAGCGCCGCCAUCUAACGCCAAUGUACCGUCGACAAGUAAUGAAACCAUGCCCUUUAAAAUUGAGAAUGCCAUGCAUAUCGAUGAUCAAUAUUCCGAUCAGGAUGGUGACAUUUUUAUUGCUAAUGAACUAAUUGAUGAAACGGAAAAUUCGCACAGUUCCGACGAUGACGAUUUACUUGAAAUACGAGAUACACAAGAUUCGGCCGACUCCGUCAACGAACUACAAAUUCCAACUAGUAGAAAGGAUCGAAAAUCGCAGAAGGGAAUUGACGAGAUCAUUGCUAAAUGGAAACCUGUUCUGCAGUGUGAAUACUGCCCCAAAUCGUUUGCCACAUUCACUUUGCUCAAAUCUCACUAUUGCGACGACCAUCCCAAUAACGAAUUCUUUAUUAUGUGCUGUGGACGUAAACUGAAAUAUCGGUACAGAGUCGAAGAACAUGCCAUUAUUCACAUGAACCCAAAGGCGUUCAAGUGUCAGGUGUGCGGCAAAUGUUUUACAGCCCGAUUUACUUGGAUGACUCACACUAAUCACUCACAUCCAGAGGCCAAAAUUUCCAAAGACGAUGGUGGCAACGGCUUCAAAUGUUCCAUAUGUGGAUUAUGUUGUGGCGAUGCAGCAACUAUGCUGCAACACUGCAAAAUUCAUUCGAAUGACAAGAAAUUACAUCACUGCCAGUUUUGUAAUAAAUCAUUUAAAAAGGAGCGGGGUUUAAAUAAGCAUUUAUACAUCUAUCAUUUGAGCUGCAGGCCCCAAAGCUCUGAUAUUAUUCAAACGUGUCCACAUUGUCCCAAAACCUUUAAUUAUCGUACGGGAUUGUAUCACCACCUAAGAAGAACACAUCCUGCAGAAUUUGCCCUGAGAAAGAAGAAAAGACGUAUCAAUAACACCACAACUGAAAAUCAAUAA